CAGCAGAGUUGGAGCACUGAACUGAGCAGAGCAGAGCGGAGCAGAGGCUGCUCUCUUCUCUUCUUCCUCCAUCUCCUCAUCCAUCUUUCACUCGUCCAUGACUCAUUCAACUUCUCCUCCUCACCUGACAAGCUGAACCUGAACUGAUGAACUGAUGAGCUGAUGAACUGAUGAACUGAUGAACUGAUGAACUGAUUCACGUCCACAGGAUGCUGGUGAAGGCGAGUGUGUGGCUGUGAGUACCCACGUGAUGUUUGGCGUGUGAGCGUGCGCUGAAGAGAUGACUCUCCUGGCGGGCGAUGGCUCCGACUACGACUACAGCGCCCUGAGCUGCGCCUCGGACACCUCGCUCAACCCCCCUCCCAUCCAGGAGCGCGAGGCCGCCAAGGGCCUCUACUACAAGCGCGCCCAGCUCCUCUCCGACUGCAGCCAUGCCGCCGCCGCCGCCGCCGGGGGGGCCACGUCCGCCGCUGCCCCUCUUGGAGUGGUGCCUGUCAGCGCCCCGACCACCCUGGGCCCCGAGAGCGCCCUGCAGCCGCUGGGCACCGCCACGCGCCGCCUCCACCUCAUCAUCAACGUGGGCGGCCUGCGCUACCAGCUGCCCUGGACCACGCUGGACGACUUCCCGCUGUCGCGCCUGGGCCAGCUGCGCGCGUGCAGCAGCUCCGACGACAUCCUGCGCGUGUGCGACGACUACGACGCGGCGCGCAACGAGUACUUCUUCGACCGCAGCCCGUGCGCCUUCCGCUGCAUCCUGACCUUCCUGCGGGCGGGCAAGCUGCGCACGCUGCGCGACAUGUGCGCGCUCUCCUUCCGCGACGAGCUGCUCUACUGGGGCGUGGCCGAGGAGAACCUGGAGUGGUGCUGCCGCCGAAGGGUCCUGCAGCGCGUGGAGGAGUGCGACGAGCUCGAACGUGCCGCCCAGGAGGACGAGGAGGAGGAGGACGACGACGACAGCGACGGCGGCGGGGGUGGGGGGAGGCGGCAGACCAGGCUGGCGGCGGGCGAGUCCCGGCUGGGCCUGUGCAUGCGCAAGCUGAGGGACAUGGUGGAGAGGCCGCAGUCGGGGCUGCCCGGCAAGAUCUUCGCCUGCCUGUCGGUGCUGUUCGUCACCAUCACCGCCGUCAACCUCUCCAUCAGCACCAUGCCGGCCAUGAGGGCGGAGGAGGAGAGUGGCCAGUGCUCGCAGAUGUGCCAGAACAUCUUCAUCGUGGAGACGGUGUGCGUGGCGUGGUUCUCGCUGGAGUUCACGCUGCGCUUCAUCCAGGACCGCAGCAAGCUGGCCUUCCUGCGCCGGCCGCUCAACCUGAUCGACGUGGUGGCCAUCCUGCCGUACUACAUCACGCUGCUGGUGGACGUGACGUCGCCGGGCGAGCGCAAGAAGCUGGGCUCGGGCAGCAGCUACCUGGACAAGGUGGGGCUGGUGCUGCGCAUCCUGCGGGCGCUGCGGAUCCUCUACGUGAUGCGUCUGGCGCGCCACUCGCUGGGCCUGCAGACGCUGGGGCUGACGGCGCGGCGCUGCACGCGCGAGUUCGGCCUGCUGCUGCUCUUCCUGUGCGUGGCCAUCGCCCUGUUCUCGCCGCUCCUCUACCUCAUCGAGAACGAGAUGGCCGCCGCGCAGGAGUUCAGCAGCAUCCCCGCCACCUACUGGUGGGCCGUCAUCACCAUGACCACGGUGGGCUACGGCGACAUGGUGCCGCGCUCCAUCCCCGGCCAGGUGGUGGCGCUGUCCAGCAUCCUGAGCGGCAUCCUGCUCAUGGCCUUCCCCGUCACCUCCAUCUUCCACACCUUCUCGCGCUCCUACGUGGAGCUCAAGCAGGAGCAGCAGCGCCUCCUGCAGCGCCGCGCCCACUUCCUGCUGCGCAGCCGCAUCGCCAACCUGGGCAGCCAGCUGUCGCUGCAGAGCCACGUGCUCUACCCCGACUCGCGCUCGCGCUCCUCCUCCGCCGCCGCCUCCUCCUCCUCCUCCUCCUCCUCACCACCAUCGCCCUCGCCGCAGCACCGAAACGCCCAAGCCUGAAGGAGGAGAGAGGGAGAGAGAGAGAGAGAGAAAGAGAGAGAGAAAGAGAGAGAGAGAGAGAGAGAGACAGAGAGAAAGAGAGAGGGGGGAGAGAGAGGGGAGCCAGGAAACUAGGGAGGAGGACAGGGAGAGGAGGAGGAGGCAGGGAAGAGGAGAGGAGAGAGGGAAGGGGGACCCGUGUGUUAAGGAGAAAAGAGAGGAUUGAGGGGAAGAAGACAAGGAGAGGAGAAGGAGGAGGAGGGGAGGAGAGGAGAGAGGGAAGGGGGGACCAGUCUGUUAAGGAGAAAAGAAAGGGACUGAGGGAAGCAACAACAGGGAAGAUCAGAGAGUAAAGGAGAGCGCAUUAGACACAGAGCAGUAUGGGAGAAUGCUAAUGGAGUCUGGCUAAGAGCACCGACAGGGUGAAGAGACAUGGGAAAGAAACAGAGGGAACUCUUCAAGGGAAAGCAGCACAAGACACAGAGAGGAGAAAGAGAGAAGACAAGAGAGGAUAGAGAUGAUGAGAGAGCUGACGGGAAAAGGCGGGAUGACAUGACAAAAAGACAGAGAAAGAUAGAUGAGAGAGAGAGAGAGAAGAGUUGGAGAGGCAGAACAAAGAGGACAAGUAAAAAGAGGGGGUCAGCAGAAACAGAACCUGGAGAGGGAAGAAAAAGAGGCCACGCAGCUUGUGGCCCAUUGAGUCCUCUCUGGGCAGACUGGACUAUUCCUGUCUCCCCGCAUUUGCAGUGCACUUUGCGAUCUGCCCCAUACUAGCUGGCCAUCCCAGUCCUACAGUACCAUACGUCAGUGUCAGAAGCACAACGGACCGCCCUCUCCAAACCCCACUGCUCACCAGCAACCGCCGCCUCGUAUCGUCACCUAGCUUUCAACCCUUCUCUGUGUGCUGUACACACCGACAUCACCGUUGGUCAAAAGCACCCCUAAUUAUAGGCUAUUUCCGAGAGAUUUCUAUUUUUUUGAGUUUUCAGUCAGCUGAACCAAAAGCUGAGCGGUAGAGGAGUACACGUCCUAGCCUCAGAGGGAUUUAACCAGUGACUGUCUUCAUAGCCCAUCACAAUGAUAAUAAUCGGACUCAGCCACACACAAACACAAGCUCACUGCAGUGUCUGUUAGCUGUCCCCAUGGUAACUACUGUUGUGUAGUAAAUAUUGUUCAGAGCCAUGCUGUCAUUCCCUGUGCUGUAUAUGUCAUGGUCAACAGUGUUGAGAAUGUGGUGUGUUGUUGAACAUGCAACACAUGUAUUGCAGUGCUGCAAGGACUUUCUACAUUGGUUGUGCCUGUAUCUGUCAGACUAAAAUGUCUUUUUAAAGUAUCCAAUAAUAAAAAACA